AUGGCCGGCGAGGAGGAGCUUGAUGACGGGCUAGAGUUGGAGCUGGACUAUGAGGGCGAGGAGGGGGAGGGCGAGGAGGUCUACGAGUAUGAGGAGGAGGAGGAGGGGGCGGCGGAGGAGGAGCCAGCAGCCGCGGAAAUGCAGGGCGUUGGCGGCGGCGACGCCGGUGGCGAAGCUCCUUCCAGGGCCCCACCGGCCGGCGCGGGUGCUGCAGAGGGCGAGGCCAAGGUGCCAGAUGCUUACAAGGCGGACGUCGUGUCGCACCAGGAGCGCCGAGACUGGCAGCAGCAGAGCAGGCAGCGAGGCAGGGGCGGCGGCGACUUUGGUUGCAGCGGUGCGCGCGGAGGCGGCGGCCGUGGGGGUCGCGGCGGGCAGGCACGCGGCGGCAACCAAAACCACGGCGGCGGCGGCGGCUACCAGCAGCAGCAGGCAAGCCAGCAGCAGCAGCAGCAGCAGCUGGCGAUGCAGCAGCAGCAGCAGAUGCAGCAGAUGUACCUGCAGCGCAUGAUGCUCAUGCAGCAGCAGCUGCAGCAGCAGCAGGGCCGCGGCGGCCGCGGCGCGCUGCCGCUGCCCGGCCUCGCCGCCGGCAUGCUGGCGCCUGCCCCGCUGGCGCCUGCGGGAGGCAUCAUCCUGCCGGCCGGCUUCCUGGCGCCUGAUGCGGCCAUGGCUGGGGGCCUGGCAGGGGGCGCAGGCGCGGCAGCAGCGGCUGGCGUGGGCGGCGAGGCCGUGGCUCAGAUGGUGAAGGCGAUGCAGGCGCAGCACGCGGCGCUGCUCAAGCAGCAGCAGCAGCUGGGCGCAUCAGGCCUGGCCCCCGGCAUGCCGCUUCCGGGAGUGAUGGGCAUGGCAGGCAUGCAGGCGGCGGCCGCAGCGCUGGCCAAGCCGCCCCCGCCGCCCGGCUCGCCGCCGCGCCACCCGGACGGCGAGCAGCAGCAGCAGCAGCAGCAGCAGCUGCUGCAGCAGCACCUCAUGGCCAUGCACCUCAUCCAGCAGCGCCACCAGCAGCUGCUGAGCCAGCAGCGGGAGCAGCAGCGCGAGGAGCAGCAGCGGCGCGAGGCGGAGCAACAGCGGGGCCAGGAGGCCGGGGACGACAUGGACAGGGCUGUCCUGCACCAGAUGGGCAUGGCGGAGCAGCGCCACGGCGCCUUCCCACACCAGCAGAGCCCCGGAGGCGGCCGCGGCGGCGGCAUGCCAGGCGCAAGCCCGCCGCAGCAGUAUGGGGGAGGGCGGGGCGGGGCCGGGCAUGGGCGCGGCGGCGGCUGGAACCGGCCCUACCCAGGCGGCCCGCCGGGGGCUCAGGGCCCUCGCCCGGGCUUUGAAGGCGGCAGGGGAGGCCCGCCGCACGCCCACCAGCAGCAGCGUGGAGGCGGGGCGGCAGAGCUGGGAGAGGCGGAGCAUCAGCAGGCGGCAGCGAGGUGGGCAGCCCAGGAGGAGGCGGAGCAGCUGACUCCCGAGGAGCGGGCGGCACGAGAGGAGGAGGAGCGUCACCGCAAGCUGGCGGCCAUCGAGGCGCGCAAGCGGGCUCAGGACGAGGAGAACCGGCGGCUGGCGGCGGAGCGCAAGCGCAAGAUGGAUGAGCUGCAGCACAAGGACACGGCACGCAAGGAUGCCAAGCGGCGCACGGUGGAGGUACAGAUGGAGAUCCUGCGGCGCCGCAUCGCCCAGGAGGAGGCCAAGCUGAAGGCGGCCCAACUGCAGGAGCAGCAGCAGCAGCAGGGCGGUGCCGCCGGCGAGGCGGUCCCGGCCCAGCAGGAGCAGCCGGGUGAGCCUGCGGGCGGCGCGGGCGCGGCAGCCGCAGCAGGUGCUGGCGCCGCCGUGGAGGCGGCAGAUGGCGGCGCGGGCGGCGGCGCCGCGGCGCAGCACCAGAACGGGGCCGGGAUCGCAGCAGCCGAGCCUGCUGCCGCCGGCCAGUGA